AUGAAUAAGCGGAUCUAUGGCAGGGCGGCAGAUGUGGGGACUAGAGGCGGGUUGUCCUUCGGUGAAGUGGUGGCAUGGUGCGCCGCCACGGAACCGGACACGCAGCAUGCCGGUCUACCGGCCGAGAUGCGCUGCCGGUACAUCUUCAGGUACUACGACGGCGACGGUGACCAGCAGCUGCAGGCUACCGAGCUGCAGCGGCUGGUGGCAGACGCGCGCUCGUCCCGACGCCUGCCCGCCGACACGCUCAGCGUACUUCGCGACACCGACCUCUGCUAUAAAAUCUGGUGGCCCUACCACAGUGUUCUCAUUCACUGGACGAAACUCGAAGAUCCUGAGGCCACGGUCCCUUACACUAGGCAGCUGGGCCUGGGCCCCGGGGUGCCACUGCCACUGGCAGACUUCCUGCGGCUGGUGCGCGAGAUGCGCCUCCGCGGCACCAGCUGCCUCCUCCGCGCGCCCACCACCACGCUCGGCUACGUCAAGGACCUGCAAGAACGGGACUGUAUGGACAAGGCACCAGCGCCAGAAAAAGAGCCAGCCAAGAGCGCGACUCAGCUUGAGCUGCAACCAGUGAAGGACAGUACGCCACCGGCGGAAGGCGGGUAUUGCUUGGCGCGUGGCGUGUUGCAGCUUCAGCGCGGCUGCACACCACAGCUGGUGCCACUCAACGAGCUGGAUGAGGAGGCGGUGAGUAGGUCUGCGCUGCAACUGCUGCGCUCCUCGUCCACCUCGCUGCAGCUGCUGGCUCCGAGUUCGCUGGCCUCCGAGGCCCUCAACGCGGUGCGUUUCUUCGCCUCCGAGGUCAACACGCCCAGCCAAACGAAGGGCGCGUGGGCGUGGGCUUGCGCGGAGGAGGCGGCGGCGCUGGGCGGCACGCUGCUGCGGCUGGCGGCGGCGCUGCGCCCGCUUUGCGCCAACGAGCCGCGCCUCUUGCGCCUCUCCUCGCCGCUCUACGUCAUCGGCGAUUUACACGGGAACCUGGAGGCCCUGUUGGCGAUGGAGGCGGCGCUGUGGCCCAACGGCGGGGCGCUGGCCCCCGCCGGCCUUCUGUUCCUCGGGGACUACGUGGACCGCGGCCCCUGCGGCGCCGAGCUGGUGGCCUUCCUCUUCGCCGCCAAGCUGCAGAGGCCCAACCACCUGCAUCUGGUGCGCGGCAACCACGAGACCAGGGACGUGCAGGCCAUGUUCACCUUCCUCAGCGAAUGCAAAAGCAAGUUCGGCGAAACGGAGGGCGUGAAGAUAUGGGAGUCGAUCAACGACGUGUUCGACGUGUUGCCUCUGGCCGCCGUCGUGGACGACAAGGUGUUCUGUUGCCACGGGGGCAUCCCCCCGCCGUGGAUCUGCGCGCGCGCGUCGGCCAUAGAGCGCGUGCCGGUGCCCCUCCCCCGCCCGGCACACCAGAGCCACCUGGCCUGGGAGCUGCUCUGGAACGACCCCAUCGCGCCGGAGCGCGUGGGCGCUUCGCUGGCCGCCGAGCUGGCGGCGAACGGGGGCUUCGCCCUGAACGCGCGCCGCGGCACCGGCCACGUGUUCGAGCAGCGCGCGCUCGACCGCUUCCUGCUCGCCAACGGCUUCUCGCACGUGGUGCGCGCCCACCAGCUGCACCGCGACGGCUUCAUGUGCCAGCUUCAGGGCAAACUGGUGUCCGUGUUCUCGUCGUCGCGCUACUGCGGCGGGUCGAACGACAGCGGCGCGGUGCUGCUGGCGGCUGGCAAGCUCCGCCUCAUACAUCUGGUCUCUGACACUAGA